GUGAGGUCGUCACGUCCAACGACACACACUAACGGUUACUAGUACCAUCGAUGUCGCAAUCGUAACGUCGACGAUAACGCCUUUACAUUCCAUUCCAUUUACACUCCGGCAGCGUUGCUAUUAAUCUUAACCUUCUAUUCUCUCUGUAUCUAAAGAGUUAUGGCGGAAAAGCUUAUGCAUGCGGUUCAGUGCGAUUCCUAUGGAGGAGGUGCUUCUGGUCUUAAGCAUGUUGAAGUUCCUAUUCCUAAGCCAAGUAAAGGUGAACUUCUGUUAAAAUUGGAGGCAACUAGCCUAAAUCCAGUCGAUUGGAAGAUACAAAAAGGCAUGUUACGCCCCCUUUUACCACUCAAAUUCCCUUGGAUUCCAGCCACUGAUGUAGCAGGAGAAGUAUUAGAUGUUGGACCUGGAGUACAAAAUUUCAAAAUUGGUGAUAAAGUUGUCUCCAUGCUCAACACUUUUAAAGGUGGAGGACUGUCGGAAUAUGCAGUGAGUAGCGAAAAACUGACAGUUUCUAGACCGCCGGAGGUAUCGGCGGCAGAAGGUGCCGGGCUACCUGUCGCCGGACUAACCGCCCUCCAAGCCCUCACCUAUCACGGCGGUAUCACCCUCGACAAAACCAGCCCCAGCCCCGCCACCAACAUCCUCAUCACCGCCGCGUCAGGCGGCGUAGGCCAAUACGCCGUCCAGCUUGCAAAGCUAGGAAAUGUCCACGUCACCGCCACAUGUGGGGCCCGCAACAUCGACCUUGUGAAAUCCCUAGGUGCUGAUGAGGUUCUCGACUACAAAACCCCAGAAGGUGCGAUGCUCAAAAGCCCUUCGGAUAAGAAAUAUGACGUGGCGAUCCACUGUGCGACACCUAUUCCAUGGUCUACUUUUGAGCCCAAUCUUGGCCCAAAAGGAAAGGUGAUAGACAUAACACCUGGCAUGAGUGCAAUUUGGACUUCUUUUGUGAAGAAAGUGACGUGUUCAAAAAAACAGUUGGUGCCGAUUCUUUUGUAUCCGAAGGCAAAGAACUUGGAGUACUUGGUUGGGUUGGUGAAGGAAGGGAAGGUUAAAACUGUCAUUGACUCAAAACACCCUUUGAAAAAGGCUGAAGAGGCUUGGGCUAAAAGCAUCGAUGGACAUGCUACUGGUAAAAUUAUCGUUGAGCCAUAAGAGAUAUCAUAUAUUCAUAUCAUAUGAUUUGUAAAUUGUAAAAUGAUCGUAACUUUUGAUUUGAUUAUCGUG